CCCGCUCGGCUUUGCCGGCGGCCACACGCGCUCCAGCGGGCGGUGCAGGGAGCGCCCAGGCCCGGCGUCUCGGGUCGCCGGCCCAAUGCGCCCGCUCGGUCUCGUCUACACCCUGGUGUGCGCCAACCUGUGCGGCUGUCGGGACGCCCCCGCGGCCCCGCAGAGCGCGUCCCUGCGGGCCCUGCGCGCCGCCGGCCUCCGGAGAGAUGACAGCAAUCACCUCACAGACUUGUACCGAAGAGACGAGACCAUCCAGGUGACAGGAAACGGCCAUGUGCAGAGCCCUCGCUUCCCCAACAGCUACCCCAGGAACCUGCUUCUGACGUGGCGCCUGCGUUCCCAGGAGAAAACAAGAAUACAGCUGGCCUUUGACAGUCAGUUCGGAUUAGAGGAGGCGGAAAAUGAUAUCUGCAGGUAUGAUUUUGUGGAGGUUGAAGAUGUAUCUGAGACCAGUACCGUAAUUAGAGGGCGGUGGUGUGGACACAAAGACGCUCCCCCCAGAAUAACAUCAAGAACAAACCAAAUUAAAAUAACAUUCAAGUCUGAUGACUACUUCGUGGCUAAACCUGGAUUCAAGAUCUAUUAUUCUUUUGUGGAAGAUUUCCAACCCGCAGCAGCCUCAGAGACCAACUGGGAGUCCGUCACUAGCUCUAUCUCCGGGGUAUCCUAUCACUCUCCAUCAGUAACGGACCCCACUCUCACUGCGGACGCUCUGGACAAAACAGUCGCAGAAUUCGAUACCGUGGAGGACCUGCUGAAGCACUUCAAUCCAGAAUCGUGGCGAGAAGACCUUGAGAAUCUCUACUUGGAAACCCCCCAUUAUCGAGGGAGGUCCUACCAUGACAGGAAGUCAAAAGUUGACCUGGACAGGCUCAAUGACGAGGUCAAGCGCUACAGCUGCACCCCCAGGAAUUACUCCGUCAACUUACGAGAGGAGCUGAAGCUGACCAACGUGGUUUUCUUUCCACGCUGCCUCCUCGUGCAGCGCUGUGGCGGUAACUGUGGCUGUGGGACCGUCAGCUGGAAGUCCUGCUCCUGCAAUUCAGGGAAAACUGUGAAGAAGUAUCAUGAGGUGUUACAGUUCGAGCCUGGCCAUUUCAGGAGGAGGGCCAGAGCCAAGCACAUGGCUCUCGUCGACAUCCAGCUGGAUCACCACGAGCGCUGCGACUGCGUCUGCAGCUCAAGACCGCCGCGAUAGGAGAACGUGUGCCAAAUCCCCUCGCGCGUGAGGGAACCUUUCGUGUCGGGGGGCGGGGGGUUGUGAGAGGCCCUGUUCCACCAGCAGCCGCACUUAGGACCGGCCCGUAGAGCCGUGAGCGCCGGUGGGUGCUGAACCACCGCCUGGCUCGCUCAGCCACAGCAGGUGGAAAGGCCCCUCAUCAGCUUCUGUCCCCCAGAACAUAGGACGGCGCGUAAUGAUAGUGUCAGAGAGCGUGCACAUACGUGCAUACGUGUGUACGCUGUCCGUGUCCACGUGUAAAUACAUCAGCUGGUUUCUUCCGUGUACCCCAGAGCUUACGUAUGCUGCAGGUCUAUAAACCCUUAAAAUCUUGUGACACAUUGAGGGACAAAUUAAGUACGUGAAAUGCGUCCUUGGAAGAUUCAGAAGAUUACUUUGUUUACUUCUAAAUUUGAAUCACAAAACAGUUUUGGAUCUUGGUCUUUUAAAGAAAGCGCUGUGUAUACUAAAAAACCAAUAAAUGGGCUUUUCUUAUAGAUACAUCCUAAUUAUAAAAAAAAGAAGAAGAAGAAAAAGAAGGAGAAGAAGAAGAAGGAAAAAUACGGUUUCUGGGAAAAAGGCAGGGACCUGACCAUUUUUUCCCGAGGGACGCACUACACGCUUACCUAUGUAGGCAGUAAUUACCUGUCUGCAGAAGCAUGCGGUAAUAAUAUAGAUGCCUUAGAAAUUAAGUCAUUAAGUCUUCUUUUUAUGCAUCCUGCUGAGGCAUGCAAAUUCAUUUAACACCUGUCGCAAAAAAAUCUCUCAGAAGGUUUAUUAGUACAAUCCUUCCAGAGACAAUUUAUCAACUGUCGCAGAACUUUGAACGCUUUCUUUCUGAAAGCCCGUCCACAGAAAUGACGCCUUUGGAGAAUGGCCUGGGGAGUCCGUAGGAGCCUUUCAAAAUGGUGUUCGUCGGAAGAUUUGGGUAGUUGAAAGCAAAAACGGUGAACACAGAAUUACUAACAUAACUUGAGAUUGGAUGGAAUAUUUAAUUGGCUCCCUGUUUAAUAACGGAUCCCAACUCUCCGGGUUAGGCCAAUUCGUUUUAUGUAUCUUGCUUUUCUGUUCCUGUCUCUCUGAUACACAAAUAUGUGUUUACGAUGGCGUUUUAUAUCUGGCAAACGUCACGAAUUAUUUACAGCCUGAAAGCUUUCACGUAUCAGAACAACCCGAUUUUGUUGACAUAAAUUCCCCAUCACAUCCUCACUCCCCAGUCUGAAUUCCGGCUUCCGGACUAAGCGAAGUCGGAUCUGGGGGCUGUGGUUCUUGCCACAUCUGUGGAGCUGUGUUGUGAGAAGCCACCUGCAAAUCACAGGCCCACGAACGUGGCCUUGCUCCACCAGGGUUUCCUUCCUGGGGUUUCGAGUCAUUUUCCCUCCCCGGCUCCUCAAUGUCUGUUUUCAAGGAGACUGAAUCCACAGAGUAGUGAGUGACUCCUCGUUCUCCAAAGCAAGACUCCUAGGAGAACGUACUGGACUCCAGAGAGCCUCGGGGCUGUUCAGAGAGGGCUCCGUUCCUGCCUUGAAUCAAGAGCUGAUUUCUUCUGUGAGUCUGGGGCCCUGUGUGCUAACACCAUUUGAGUGAGGGCUGUGUGACGGGCUGGGUUAGCGCUGGGGUCAGGCGAGUGGCCUAAAUAUACUUGGACUUCUGAGCCUGGACCAGGUUCUCACCUCUCCUUAGUGGGAACUUCAUCUUUUCUCAGCCCUUUGAGAGGGAAGGCUCAUGGCAGGUGCACCUUGAAAAUGUCCCUAGUGGGGCGCCUAGGUGGCGCAGUCGGUUAAGCGUCCGACUUCAGCCAGGUCACGAUCUCGUGGUUCGUGAGUUCGAGCCCCGCGUCGGGCUCUGGGCUGAUGGCUCAGAGCCUGGAACCUGUUUCCGAUUCUGUGUCUCCCUCUCUCUCUGCCCCUCCCCCGUUCAUGCUCUGUCUCUCUCUGUCCCAAAAAUAAAUAAACGUUGAAAAAAAAAAUUUUUUUUAAAAAAAGAAAAUGUCCCUAGAGACCUCCAGUGUUUGUACCAUGACGGGGGAGUGGGAAGAUCGCCGUAUUGGUCACUUGUCCAGAAUCGCAGACACGAUCACAAAUGGCUGAGGCAGGCGCGCUCGCAGUGAGGACCUGUGUCCCCAUCAUGGCCACUGGCAGGUUGCCCCAUGAAGACGUCGGCCCGUGCACCCCAACUCAAAGUGGGUGCACGUGGCCUUAUCGUGGGCAGCUCCCAUCGUAGCUGUAAGUAGGAAAAAUCAGUGUUCUACCCAAUUUUUAAUAAACCUUCCAGGCUGCAUCACCCGGGUCGGUUUCCAGUUAAAGCCCCGUCUGCACUUUUUAUUUAUUAGCUGAAAUGCAAGCGGUCGUAUUCACUCACGUUUCUUUCCUCUUUCCUGAGUGUUUUAUUAAAACGUCUCCCUCGGUUAUCUGUUAUCUCUUGCGUUUCCAACAUGGAGCAGAUAAAUGUUUCAUUGCCAUCGAAGGAAUAAAAAGCUCGCCGUACAAAUUACAUUUCAAAACAAACCCUAAUAAAUCCGCAUUUCUGCGUGGUUCACUCA